UGAUAAACAAAAAUUAUGUUUUUUGUUGCUCUUAAAUGAUUUUAUUGACAUAUUUGUUCCACAUGUAUAUACUUACAAAUAAAAAUAUGCCUCAAAAGUAGUUAAAAACCUUUCAUUAAGACGGAUAUUAGCUCGUGAUGCUUAUCCAGCUUGAUUAGUUUGGACUGCGGACGCAGACAUGCAGAAAACUGCGUUUCACUGAAAACUAAACGCUGUUUGGUUUCUUUUUAUUCUCCAAAAAUAAACUCCGUAUAAGCCAGCAGUGAUGCUGCCACUGAAGGAGAAGGACAAACCUAUCGUUCAGAAGCUUUUGUCAGCCGGCUGCUGCGCUCGCUGUGUCCUCAGGUUCUGCUGUGUGAGCGUCCAGGCUGCUUAUCGACAAGCACAGCAUGAGACUCUUAAAGAGCUUCAGACUUUCAUUAUGGAGAAGGAAAACAACAAAGUACAGGAUUCAGCAGACAUCAAGCCCCAUGAUACUGAAUCGUCUCAAACUGUUGAAGACCCUCCCUGUAAAAGGGCCAAACUGGAUCCCACAGAGGCGGUUCAGUCAGAAACAGACGAUGCUGCCAUGGUAACACUGAAGAAGGAGGAGUCAAGUGUGUGUGCCUUAUGUUUGGGAAUCCUGCAGGAUUUAUGUGGCCCAGAUCAGGCAAUAAAGAUUGUUGAAACAGUGAAGUCCCAAAACUACGAGUUUGACACCCUUGUGUUGUCCGUCUCUCUGCCGGCUCAGCUCUGUGUGCGUGAGCACUCCUGUUGGCUCCAUGUGAAGAAGGAAGUCAGACAGAAAGGUUUAGUGCUCGAUAAAGAUGAUGUCAUCCAGGUGAAGGAGGCCUUCAAGUGGAUCAUGCAGGGUCUGGUCACAAAACAGCUGGAGGGUGUGGCUGUGGUUAGCAAGAGUCCGUUUGAGGUCGGUGUGGAGUUCACUCAUCCAGACACAGAAUCUGACUGCCACUUCCUAGCCAAAUGCUGUCCUGACUGCUUCAAACCCACCAAGAACAAACAGUCGGUGUUUACCCGCAUGGCUGUGGUCAAAGCUCUGGAGAAGAUCUCAGAUGUGAAGUUUUUAGAGCAUUACCCCUGUCCACCAUCAGAGCCGAGCGGCAGCUGCACCCCUCAGGACAUCCAGUGUCUUCACGUCUCUGUCUUCAUAGCAGGGAGGUACAACAAGUUCUGCCGCAGCCUGCCUCAGACUCCCUGGGUGAUCGAUGGGGAGAGGAGGAUGGAGUCUUCCGUGGAGGAACUGAUCGCCGCACCGAUCCUGUCUGCAUUCAGGGCUGACGGAUUUAAUUUCUCCUCCUCGGGCAGAGAGGAUGUGGAUGUCCGAACGCUUGGAAAUGGGCGUCCAUUUGCCAUGGAGCUGCUGAACCCACACAGAUCUCGGUUCAGCAAAGUGGAAAUGAAGCAGGUGCAGGAGACGAUAAACAAAUCCUCAGAUAAAAUCAGAGUGAGAGAUUUGCAGAUUGUAACCAGAGAAGCCAUGAGUCGGAUGAAGGAGGGAGAAGAAGAAAAGACAAAGUCUUACACGGCGCUGGUCUGGACUCAGAAAUCCAUCGAGAAUGAAGACAUUUCCUUCAUUAACGACAUCAAGGAUCUGACUCUGGAUCAGAAGACUCCUCUGAGGGUUUUGCACCGGCGGGCAUUGGCGAUCCGGCAGAGGGUCAUCCACAGCAUGAACGUCCGCUUCGUGGAUUCACAUCACUUCUACCUCGGAUUGAAAACUCAGGCUGGGACCUACAUCAAGGAGUUUGUCCAUGGAGAUUUCGGGCGCACUAAACCGAAUCUUUGUCUGCUGCUAAAGACCGACACGGACAUCCUGGAGCUGGACGUGGAGGUGAGAAAUGUAACGCAUAUAAAAGAAGUUAAAGGUGACCUAUGAUGCUUCCCCGAACUGGAUAGGAUAUGUUUAAGGGCUAAACAAAACAUUUUUAUUAUAUUUUAUGCACAAAAUGAGCUGUUUUAGGGCGUCUUGUCACUGCUGCUGCUGGCCACGCCCCCAACUCAACAUUUACACUCGCACGUGAAAAUGACUGCAAACAGGUGAGCAGUUAAACAACCUUAGAAAAGCAGAAGUAGAGCCUCCUGCACAGCCAACAAGAAUACAGCAAGAGGUUUCUGGAUGGAGAGUCAACAACAAAACAUGGGGUGUUUUCAGAAGGUUUCUGAAUCGGUUCAUUUUCCGGACACAAAUAAACAUCAACUUAUUGCCAAAAAAAGGUGAUUUUUUUUAAAGUGCUUGGUCUGUUUUUAGAAGCAAAUGUAAAUUUAAAAAAGUGCAAAAUGUGAAUUUUGCGUAAUACGUCUCCUUUAAAGAAACGGUUAAAAAUGUAAAUAAUGUGUGUUAAUGCUUUAAUGCUGAGUCUAACUGGUGUUUCUGUUCAGUCGGUGGAUGUGGACUGGCCUCCACCCAUACCAGAGUGAAGGAUCCCCUUUCUGAUCCAGAGUGGGCGCGGCUUUGACUGGUUCUGCACUGACUGGUUCCUGUGGGUGCUGCUGGAAGAUCUGGAACUGGAAACCUGGCGUCCAUCUGCUCAGCUCUGGAUUAGCUUUUCUGCUUGAGUCAACAUCGCAUAUGAACGCAUCUUCAGUUUGAUUACAUUAUGUAUUUAACAGCCCUGUCUGGUUCUGUUGUCACAUAUAUUUAAGUUGGGUCAAUUUUUGUAACUGAGUCCAUUUAAGGAUGUAAUAAAGAUCCUGGUCUAACUGUGACAAGUACACUAUCAAAAUGUCUUCCAUUACUUUUGCUUUAAAAUGAAUUUGUUUUGUUGUUCAUAUAUCAUUUUAAAAAAGCGGCACCUACGACUCCUUCAGCGUAGUCAUGGUAACCUGGUGUCGCUGCCACCAAUUGGCUGGACCUCUGUCGAAUUAGGUCAGUCACUUCAAAGGCGGUGGAAAUUUAUGCAAUCAGGUAUUUUAUGUUUUAUAUUUUGGUCACUAUUUUGUAGAAAUCAGUUUUCACUUUAAUGUUAAAAGGGAUUUUUAUAAAAGCGAUAAAAUGGUAAAACGUCCAACAGGGUGAAUACUUUUUAUAAGCACCGUGUGAAGCUACUGCAAAGCUGAUCACUUCCUUAAAUAAUUCAUGUCAUUUUAGCCAAACAGAUCAAAUAUCUACACAACCUAAUAACAUUUUUGUUUGACAUUUAUUUUAGAUUAUUCAACCCUGAAGCUCACCUACUUGAAGAUUUAUUUCUGUAAUUUAGGAACGUGGCGUCCAAACUUUUUAAAGCCUUGGGCGACAAACUUGGGUAAAUUUAAACUACUGGAGAGAUACAACAUUUAUUAAACUAAAAAUACAACAAUUAGCUUACUAUGAUUUUUUUUUAAACGCUGAACGAUAAACCAAAUUUUUAUGAAAUCUGUAUAUUAUUAAAAAUCCAAAUCAAAUUAACUUUGGACUGUAAAAUAAAAAGAGCAUUUCCAUAUUUUUGGGGUCAUCAAUUGUUUUCCAUUUUGCUGGCCAAAUUGUACAGUUUUUGACUCGUCAGGGACCGAAACAGAUCAUUCCAUGGGCCACAAAUGGCCCCCGGUCCACACUUUGGACACCUCUGCUCUGAAUCAAUAACAUCUUCAUGAUUUCAAAUGUGUGUUAUUUUUUUCACCUACAUGUAUCUUUUGUUCUGCUUUUAUGGAGGAAAAACAUUAAAAUAAUCUUAUUUUUGUCUGCUGGGUAUGGACAAAGAUUUUCCCAAAUAAAGAAGUCACAACUA